AUGGAGGUUCGAAGAGCAGCAGAUAUCCUGCUACGCUCCAAUUCCUCGCCGCUGACGACCUUCCUCAUCCCGGCCAGCACUGCACGAUGGGCAGCACAACGCCAAUUGCGUUGUAAACACGCAACUUCACGUCCAUCUAAAUUCCGCCGGACCUUCAUGACAGGAUCCCGAAACCUUGCUCUCGGGCCCCAAUCCACAGCCUUUCCACCUCCGCCGCCCCAAUCCGAAAGCGCAAAAAGCUCCUCAAACGAGGAUGGCUCUUCAUCAUCCACCGACACUGAACGAGAUCAAACCCAAGCAAAGGAAGAUAGCAGAUCUGAUCUAAGCUCUCUCUCAAGCUCUCUCUGGUCCAGUACGAAGAAUUCAGCCGUGCACAGGACGAACCCAUUCUCCAAUAGCUCCGCUUCAGACAUGCUAAAAAGUUUCAAUCGAGCAGCUCCUCAGGCAUACCGCAGCGAGAUUGAUAUAAGCCGAAUGCUGGAUCCUCUAAACUCAACCCCCCCCCCUUCUAGGGGUCUCGCAACGACAGAAGAGCGCGAACUCUACUCAACCAUCGAUUUGGAAGAGAUGAAUUCCUUCAUACCUGGCCCCAUUCCCAGGCAACCUAUGAGGCUGAAUCCCAGCACAGGGCGGUCAGUAUCUGUCGGUGCAGAUGUUGAUGUGGGCAGAGCGUUUCGGAUGGUAGAUAUUAGUUGCGCACAGAAUAGAGUCAGACACGAAUCGCUUAAGCAGCGGUUCCAUGAGAGAGGGGGGCUGAAGCGAAAGAGAUUGAGAAGGGAUAGGUGGAGGAAGAGGUUCAAGGAGGGAUUCACGGCGACUGUUGCGCGGGUUAAUCAGCUAAAAAGGCAGGGGUGGUAG